UUAAGAAUUAAGCAUAAGCCAUCAAUAUGGAAAAACAGCCAGAGAUCGAAAAGGACAAGCUACGGAAGGAACGGAAGAAAAUGGACACUGCUCUCAAGAAUUACAAGAAAGAAUUUAAAAUAAUAAUGGAAAGGACGAAUAUUUUAUACAAUUAUGAAGACGAGUCAAAAGAUUCUCAAAUAAAAUAACAAGAAUAAAUACCUCCAGAGGUUACUAGAGAGGAUACUCGAGAGCGACAGGAGAUUUAUAGACCAUAUCUUUCGACCCAAGAUCGAGCGCAUCAUGGAAAUGAUAAUGAAAUAACCUCUUCAGGCCUCUUCCAACCAAAAAGUUGACAGAUCUGGAUAUGACUGAAGGAAAUGCUGAGACUGAGGAAGUGCUUGAUAAAUCCUGGUCAACGCUAGAGAUACUCUACGAGAUCCUGAUCAAUAUUAUCCAACACCCAGUUAUGUCAGAAAGCGUGCUAAAGUAUUUUCUCACUGAGGAGUUCAUACAAAGCAUACUUGACCUAUUUGAGAGCCAGAAUGCGCAAGAAAGAGAUUAUCUCAAGCAGAUUACUCAUAAGCUUUACUCAAAGGUGGUGAAGAGGAGGAGGCUAUUCAGAAGGAUGUUCAACAACCACUUUAUUGCCUUGAUCUAUGAGAAACCUACAUCUAAUGGGCCUAAUGAGAUAUUGGAUAUUUAUGCAGCAAUAAUAAGUGGGUUUGCCAUACCGUUAAGACCGGAACAUAUUGAGUUCUUCAAAAAUUUCCUCACUCCUUUACUCAAAUUACAGAACUGAAGUAAAUUUUAUGAAGAAAUUUUGAGAUGUAUUCUCAUAUUUCUUCAAAAAGAUCCGAACCUUUCUGAAAUCCUACUGACUACUGUCCUGGAUAUUUGGCCCUAUGCAAAUACGAACAAAGAGCUUGCUUUCUUAGUGACGCUUUAUGAGUCAUUAGACGUUAUUUCAAGUUUGGAAAAUAUUCAGAUUUACAUUGAACCAUUGUCAAAAAGAAUCUCAGCAUGUCUUAAUUCAGAACAUGUACAGGUGAUCGAUAGAUGUAUGACCUUCUUUGAGAGAGAUUCUAUGAUCAAUAUGCUCAGGGAGUAUGCUACAGAAAUGUACCCCAUCAUAGUUCCUCCUAUUGAACGGCAGAUCAAAGAGCAUUGGCAUGAGACUUUAAAAUCUAACUUUGACGAUCUGAAAAAAAUUCUUAUGGAGCUUGAUAUCGACACCUAUGAGGAAGUCAAGGAUGACUAUCAGGAGAAGCAGGAGUUCAAAAGAUCUAAAAGAGCAGAGCUGGAUUCUAAGUGGAAAAUUCUGGAGGAUAGGAUCAAAGAUUCUCAGCCUAAUUAUAUCCCUCCUGCGCUUCCAUUUCAAUCAGAUACUUGAGUGUCAGACUACAAUGAACUGUACUUCUCUGUUUGUCAAAAGGAUAAGAACUUGCAAGAAUAGUUUUCUUUCCAUAGAAGCUGUCUAUAAUGGUUCCAUUAUAUUUACCAGAGCUCUUUGCCACCAUUCAAAAUUUACUUAUC